AAUCAUUCUCAAAAUGGUAUCUUCUUCUAGUCGGCCAGCAAGCUCGUUGUUGUGAUCUUGGACGCAGUACAUCCGAAUCCUUAAAGCACCACCACGAACACUAGUACAUUGGAGCACGUUCAUGUACGCGUACCAUAUCCCGAAUCCAAGCUUUUAAACAAUUAAAAAUUUCGCUACUUUUAAUUAGUCUUACACUAUUUUAGGUGGACUUACACUACGUGUGUACUGACUUUGUCAUUCAUACGGGGUCGACAGAGGAAGGGGUUUGUUAAUUAUAAGACUUUUUCGUUGGGAUAUUUUAUCAUACACAUUCCAAGCAAACUUCAGUGUUAGUUUUCCCUUCCCCUUUCCUCUGCUUGCUCUGUACCAAAUCCCAAUCUAGGGUUUUCAUUUACCAAAUUUUCUUAUCAACUGCAACCAAAGAGUGUCUCCCACGAAAUUCUUGGUUUGGUAUUGCGAUCUUCGACAAUUCACUGACUUAUUAAACUGGAAUCUGGGAAUUUUAUUAGAGAGAGAAAUGAAAAACCAGACAAAAGAGUAAAAGCUGCAAUUUUCUGUCUCUUUACCUCAAAAUUCAAACAUCUUCUGUCGUUCUUUUCUUCCAAGUAUAAAGAGAGAGUAUAUCAUCAAAAUUCUUCAUUAAACUUCCUUCGUUCUUGUUGUAGACCUGACACGGUCGUCACUGUGAUAGAAAAAUUCAUUAUCAGUUUGUUGGUGUGAUUCUCUGGUUUAUUUGAGAGAUUUUGAAGAUAAUUAUUAUGGGUACUGUAAAUUUGUGUACAGAGAGUCCAGGAUUUAUAAUGAGUCCAAGAAUUUCAUUUUCUCAUAAUCUCUAUCAAAAUGAUGUUCUUCAGAUCGAAUCUCCUCAUCAUCAACAGCAAAGUCAUCAGCAUCUUCGAUCUGAUGAUUCUUUACUUUUAGAACCUAAUUUUGAUUUCUGUAUCAGUAGUGAUAGUUUCAUACAAGAAUCAUCUUCUUCUGCUGAUGAACUCUUCUCCGAUGGUAAACUUCUCCCUCUUUUACUCAAACAGAAAUUACUUCCUUCUCCUCAACAAAAUUCUCAAUCCCAUUAUGAUCCUCCUCCUCCUGCUACUGCUGCUGCUACUGUAACCACUCUAGAGACUGAUUCGACAAAUUCGUCACUUGAGACAGAUUCUUCGACUGAGCCAGAUUGUAAAGAGGAAACUAUAACAGAGAAAUCAUCAUUAUCGUCCUCCUCGACGGCAUCUUCCAAUUCAAAAUCAUUUUGGGGAUUUAAGAGAAGUAGUAGCUGUGGAAAUGGUUAUAAGAAGAGUUUAAUAUGUUCAUUGUCAAUUUUACCUAGAAGUAAUUCAACUGGUUCAGCACCAAACCUAAAAUCAAAGGAAACUCAAAAGCAAAAACUACAGAAAUCAAAAUCCGCUUAUUCUUCUUCUUCUUCGGGUUCGUCUUUGUCUAAUUCGUCAUCCUCGUCGUGUCAAAAGCCUCCGUUGAAGAAGAAUUAUGGAGGUUAUAACAGUAUUAAUGGUGGUAGAAUGAAUCCGGCUCAUAAUGUGCCACCUCCUUACAUUCCUGGUAACUUAUUUGGUCUGGGUUCACUCUUCACCAGCAGCAAUGGAAAAGAUAAGAACAGGAAGAAAUGAAUAAUUCUGUGCGUCUGAUUUCUCAUUAAUUUUAUUUUUUUACUGCGGUAGUUGAGGGCAGUUGCCCCACUGUUGGUCAGAUUUUAACUUGUUUUUGGUUAAUUUGUGGUUUAAUGAUCAGUAAUGAAAAAUGCUUAAGUUGGGUUUGUUAAGAAAUUUGAGUAAUGAAAAAUGAUGGAGACAAAGAAUAUAUUAGGGGUUUUGGUGAGUGAACUGAAAACCCACUCCCACCAUUGGAAGAAAAAAGCAUCAGGAGACAGGAAAACAGUUAGCCUUUCUUUCAAGGCUGUCUCCAUACUUGGAUUUUCUUUUCUAAGAAAUUUAUUUUACUUUGAUGUCUUUUUGGCUGGUUUUUCUUGCUUUUAUCAUCAACGUAUAUAAUAAAAUAUAGUAUAAAGUUUUUUCUGAUUAAAGGCGAUGUUAUUCCC